AUGUGGUUCCACCCCGCAAGGAACGAAGGCGGGGAAGGCGUUCGCCUUGAAAGGCUCCAAGGUGCCGGGUACGAGGCGUGCGAACUCGAGGGAAAACACCACGAUCGUCUCCACCAUCGGCGCCGACGGCCACACCUACGACCCCACCAUUAUCUGCAAAGGACAGCGCAUGCAACCGGAUUGGGUCGCCGACGACAACGGCAUCCCCGGUGCGAGGUACACCGUCACGGAGUCUUCCUUGAUCCAGAGCGACGUCUUCCUCAGCUACCUUCGGAACCUCCGCGAACAGCUCACGCUCGUGGCUUGCAGGGCAAAGUUGCCCUUGUGCUUGAUGGCCACGCCUCGCACACGACCUUCGAAGCCAUCUCCUUGGCGAUUUCUCUGGACAUCGACCUCUUUCAGCUGCCGUCCCACCCAUCGCACAUGACCCAGCCCUUGGACGUCGGCACGCUCGGAACCUUCAAGAAGCAGAUGACAAAGGUGCUCAAUGCCUACCCGCUUCAAAACGGAGGGAGGAGUCCGGGGAAGCGUGACAUGGCUGGUGUGAUUGCGCAGGCAUGGGCCGGAAGUUUUACACCUUUGAACAACAGCUCGUCAUUCAGAGGGGUGGGCCUAUGGCCGGUGGACAUGGAAAAGGCACUCGGUCGGCUACACAGCACGAGGAAACAGUCGGCGUCUGACCGCCCGAUCCCGGAGGACCUCGCUAUCGUAACCUCCAAGGAGAAGCUGGAAGCACACCUCGGUCCUGACGCCCUGAAGGAGUUGAAGGAACGUGGGUACAUGAUCGAGGGGUUCCGUGUCAACACCGUGCUGCUCGACGGGCUCUUCCACCUCCGCAAGCGCUCUAAGAAAAUUGCGACAGUACGGACGGGCGCGGUGGUCAAGGAUGGCGGUGUUAUGACCCGCCAAGAAGUAUUGGAGAUCUACGAGAAGCUCGACCACGAGAAAAAGGCAGCUGAGAAAAAAAAGGAGGUCAAUCGGCAGAAGCGCGCGGAAAGGAAGGCAGCGAAGGAGGCCGACCGCGCGAACGGUGGAGGUCGUGGGCUGCGGGACACGGACGGCGGUCGGGGGGGGCGGUGGUGCGCAUCAGGGAGGCGAGAGGGCCGUACCUCCGGACAGGGCGGCUGGGGCCGCCCUGCUGGUGCUCGCGGGGAAGGGAGGGGAGCGGGAGGGCGCGAGGGGGGCGUGUGGGGGGGAUAG